GUGUCUGUAGGAAAAGUGUGAAAGAAAUCAGUGAAUAGUUUGUGGGUGUUUUGUGUACGUGCAUUUACCGUAUUAUUUCCAAUAGCUUUGCGGCUUUUCAAAGUGCUCGCUUCGGUAUUCGUUUUCCCCGCACCCAAGCCGCAUUUGCGACGCCGCUUGGAAAAUGUCGCUGGAUGGCGGCAGGUUGCGCUACGAGGACGAAAAUGGUAAAACCGUGGUUCUGGCAGCUAAAGGACGCACCUUCCAGGUGGGCUCCUACUACAAUUGCGACCUCAUCCUGGAGGGGCCAGAGGAGGAGCGUCUAAUUUGCGAGAUUAACUGCGAUGCCUUCGGCAGGGUCAUCAUAUACAACAAGUCCAGCGGAGAUCCCAUUCAUCUCAACGACGUGGCCAUCCAUGCUUCAGGCAAGCGUCCUUUGCUACACGGUGGCAAGAUUACCAUUCGAGAGAAGGUCUACACUUGGGAGUUCCCGAAGUGCUCCGAGGUGCAGGAAGCCCCAUGCACCCCAGAACGCCUAUUGCCCAAAGAACAAGCGUCAAACUCUUGCCCUUCAUUGAAGCAAUCGCAUCGUCUACAAGCCGAAAAACGCCUGACAGUUCACAAUUUUCACUAUAGCAUCAAUUCGGACGACGAAGGAAAUACUUCUAUAGAGUCUCGUGAUCAGAGUGAGUCUCACUUGGAGGAUGUCUCACUGAAUGAAUCCAUUCAACACAGCACAGAGAAGAAUGCUUACGAGUCCCCCAAAGUAAAUCUUCUAGAGGCUACGCAGAAUAAGGAGAAUACCGCAACGCCACCAGGUAGCCACCAGAAGCUACUAAAGCUGUGCGCCAUCUCCGACGUGGUUAUUACCUCUUAUUCGCCGCGCGAGACUGGCGUUAAGACCGAGAAAUCCUUUUCAUGUGUGCGAAAACCUGGCUACACCACGACGUCUCUGGCAGUUUCCACGCCUAAGAGCAUAUACAGCACCCCCAAGGGCAAUGUGCUCUCUGAACUAAACGAAGACAGCUGCAGCCGAGAUCUAAUGGACUUUAGCACGCCAUCCACCUCAAAGAAGACCAAGCGGGAUUCGUCUAUGUUCCUGAUAGACCUGACCACCCCAUCAAAGCUACGACAAACACCCAAACAUUCGCAUGCAUUCAAGCUCACACCCAAACAGACGCCUAUCAGUGUAGACAGCACCGACGAAUCAUCAGAUGCAUCCCCAUUAGUCAUUGACAUAACUAACUCUGACACACCGCCAUCCCCAAGCCCUUCGCAACGGUAUAAAACUCCUCAGCGUCCGGCUGGUAUCACCACACCCAAUAGAACGCCCCAUUCCCUGAUGAAACGAGCUAUGCUUACCAGCAUUAAAAAGCAGAUCGCCGCCAACCAACCAGAUAAGAAUAGCCCCAUAGUUACCCCCAAGCGGACAUCUCUUCUGGAGGCUCGUCGCCACUGCCUGACUACGCCUCGGCGUUUGCCAUUCCAUCCACAUCGGCGUACGCCAGUCCAGCGAGAAGGGCAUACGAGAGGAAACGCACCCAAGACCUCGCCACGCAAACGUAUGUCACUAAUGGAGUCUCCCAGAGAGAACAAGGUCUCCCAGCUCAGAAAGUCGUUUGCGGCUGCCAAGCGUAGUCCCGGCGUUGACAAGAGCAACAAGCUCGUAGCCAAGGCACGUCGUUCGCUUAACUCGCCGAAAAGUGGCUCCCCUAAGCCUGGAUCAUCUAAGCCGUCAUCGCCAUGUCAAAAAAAAACAAUCGAUGUGUCCCAGAUCAAGAGCUCCACUCCGGAAAAACCGGACGAUUCUCAGGAUGAGCUGAGCCGCACGUUCACUAUAAUGCAUGAUACCCAAGGAAAUGAUCAGAGUGGCGCAGCAAUGGCAAUUGAAGCGGUUACUGUUCUCAUCACUGGGGAAGUAGAUGAUGUAUCCUUUCAGCUGAGUUCCCUAAUUGAAAAGAGGCUUCCGUCAGUGAACUCAGAAGCGCCCACACCUAUCCGAGACAAAGUUGAGCCGAUCGGGACAGAAUCAGAUGUGAAAGGCAAGUUAAAAUCUGCACAAGAAGAUGUGAAUCCUAAGCCAGAUGCGGCCAUACUCGACGAGAAUGAACGUGACAAACAUGAAUUUGAAACCGGCAAAAAUGAAGACGAAUGUAAAGAAAAAGAUGAACUUCCAGUCGGCAAACAACUAGAGAAUGCUAUUAUUGAGGAUAGCAUUUGCGAAGAGGUUCAUGCGAAUAUUCCUCAACAAACUAAGAAUUCUAAUUCUGAGAAAAUAAUCGAGGAAAGUAUUUGCGAAGAGCUGCCAUUGGAGAGUACUACUGGUAAUUCAAAUUCAACUGGAGGGACAUCUCAAAAAGAAAACCAACCAUCUCCAAAUGCAGAAACCCCCGUGGUUCGCAGGAGCUUGCGCCGUCAUUCUGUUGAGCAGAGGGUAGCGUCAACAACGCCACGGAGAAGCACUCGGCGAUCCUCGAUGGAGGCCAGCAGUAAGACAUUACCCGAGAAGGACAACAAGCGUUCUCGCCGUGCAUCCUGUUCAGCAAUGGACAGCCAAGUCGCUGUUACUCCCCGCCGCAAGCGGCGAUUUACGCAAGAAAUGUCCACACCAACGCGCCAAUCGUUGCGUAUUUUGAACACACCCAAGAGGGAACUUCAGAUGGAUGAAUCUGUGGGCGAUAUGGGAGUCAUAUUGGAAGAAGUUGGUUCCGAAGAUGAUAGUAAAUCUGUCAUCGCUGACGACGAAAAUUAUGGCACCGAGCUGCCAGUUGAUGAUAUCGACAAGGUAGAUUUUCACGGCCUACGGGAUUUAUUGAAAACACCAAAAAGCUGCAGCACACCACGCUUUAAAGGGCUAAGGGAACUGAUGCGAACUCCGAAAAUUCCUGCCUCACCAAUUAUAGGAAAUAUGGCAGAACUAUUAGAAACCUCUGUUGGUAGGACUCCUUUCCACGAUAGAAGAAGCACUGCAGUAUCCCGCAUGGAGCAAGAAAAGCCUCUGGAAAAUGCUCUGAAGACGCCCAGUGCCCGGAAUAUCAUGGUGCCAAAUGAACCAGCUAGCGCAGUGUUAAAGUCUCGCAAGGAUUCUCUGGCGGCAGCCACAGAAUAUGAUCUGAAUGUGACGAACAAUACAUUGCAUUUGGACAAGAUUUUUGAGGACGUGCCCGAAACGACUGGGGCCAAUAUGGAAGACACGGAAGAGAUAAAUGUGACAGCGAUUAGCACAGCGACUGGAGUUGAUCCUCUGGAUUCAAUAAUUCAGAACAAAACAGUGGCAUCAGAGGCACUGAUGAAUGUCGGGCAUACAGCCACAGCGAGCGCUUCACUAAAGGAUCCUCUGACAAGCACCACCUACAAAGCUACCCUGCAUGCCAAUCCCAAUCUUAGUGCCUUUGCAGAUUGCGGCUUCAGGUCUAUUUCACCCAACACAAACGAGAUGAGUGGAAUUCAGUUGUUGGACCAGACGUCGGACUCAAUUUUCUCCGAAGCACUAGUAGUUUCGGGCGUAGAGUCGUGCGAAGUCACCGUGGAUGAGAGGAGGCCUUUAGGCCAGACCAAUCCACCUAUUGAUAACAUUGAGGAUCGCUCAGAUACAGACUCAAAUGUCGGCCUUACUGAGCCCUUGGUAUUUAGUGAUGAUGAGGAGGAGCCAAAGAAAUCGGAAGCAACUCCCAAACAGUCUGACGGUGCUCAGGAACCAUCUAUAGCCUACAAGCUUGAAGAAUCUGUCAAUCUGACGGAACACAACACUGUCGAUGAGAAUUCAAGGAAAGUCGAAACGGGUGCUAUCAGUGAAAUUUCACUAAUUGAAGUGGAAGAUACCACAAUUGAGGGAAGUACUUGCGACCAAAAUCUCGAAGGUGGCAAACUUCAAGAAGAGAAAAGUCUAGAUAUCCCAUCAGUUAAUUCUGAUGAAAAUAUUGAAUCUGCAGUGGUGGAAUUGACGAUGGUAGAGUCAGAGAUAUUUCCUUUAGACACAACAGCGGAUAGUUCGAUCAAUUCUACUAAUGUCAUUGACAGUAGUGUGGAAGAAACUAUACCUGACCAAAAUCUCGAAAGUGGCAAACUUCAAGAAGAGAAAAGUCUAGAUAUCCCAUCAGUUAAUUCUGAUGAAAAUAUUGAAUCUGCAUUGGUGGAAUUGACGAUCGUAGAGUCAGAGAUAUUUCCUUUAGACACAACAGCGGAUAGUUCGAUCAAUUCUACUAAUGUCAUUGACAGUAGUGUGGAAGAAACUAUACCUGACCAAAAUCUCGAAGGUGACAAACUUCAAGAAGAGAAAAGUCUAGAUAUCCUACCAGUUAAUUCUGAUGAAAAUAUUGAAUCUGCAGGGGUGGAAUUGACGAUUCUAGAGUCAGAGAUUUUUCCUUUAGACACAACAGCGGAUAGUUCGAUUAAUUCUACUAAUGUCAUUGACUGUAGUGUGGAAAAAACUAUACCUGACCAUAAUCUUAAUCAAGAAGAUGCCAAGUCCACAAACGAUGCCCAAGACACUUCAGUUACAGAUGAAAAAUCCUCCACUGACUUAUAUGGUUCAGUUGGCGAAGUAUCACCUUCCAAUAAAAGUGAGGUGCAUACUGAUGAACCACCAAUCGUAAUAUCACCUUCUAAAGAACUGGCAAAAGAGGCAAAAUCUGGUGAUGAGCCCACCGACAAAGACACCUCCAAACCAUCUAUUGAGCGCUCUGAAGAACUUUCCGAAGAAACCAAACCAGAUAAGGUUUCGAGUGCUGCAGAACCGGAUCGACCAGCCACAGAAACUUUGCCGACUCAAAAAGAUACACAAACACCACAACCCGAAAAGGGAGCCCCUGGCGCAGAGUCUAAGCAACCGUUGCAUGAAUCACAUUCCGAUGAACUUGUAAGAGAAACCAACUCCAAUGAGGUCUCAAUUGAUGGCGAAGUCAUUCAACCAGCCAUUGAGACUUUGCCUUUUAUGGAACAAAAACAACCUGAUGUUUCUACUGAUGCGGAAUCUAAUCAACAUUGCAUCGAAAGUUCGCCUCUCAAAGAACUUUCAGAGGAAACCCAACCUCAGAAGGUACACUCUUUAGAUAAUACUAAACAAGAAGUAAAACCGUAUCCCGUCAAGGAUGUUUUAAAGGAAACAAAAACUGAUGAAUCUAUCCAACCCGUCACCAACAUAUAUCCAACCGAGGAACUUCAAGAAGAAGCUAAACCUGAUGAAUCACCUACUGAAAUUGUUCAAGGAUCCAACGAGACGAAAACUGAUACUAUUAAACCAAUAAUCGAAACAUCACCUGAAAGAGAACCUCCAGUAGAGGCACAUCCUGAUGAGUUGCCUUCUUCUAGUGAAAAGGAUCAAGUAAUUGUCGAAAAGCCAUCUGCUGAAACUAGGACAGGUGACGAGCUACUUUCAGAAGCAGGAACUGAUGAAGUGCCUGAUUUAAGUCAAAUCGAUCAACUAAUAACUGAAAAGUCACCCGCCGAAGAACCGACUGAGAAAGCAAAACCUGAUGAGACUCAGGAAGUCAUCGAAACAUCAUCCGGGGAGAAAGAUCCAAAGGAAGCCAGUACUAAAGAGGAUCCAUCUGUUAGUAAAAUGGAUAAUGUAGUUGUGGAAACUAAUCCUCAAACGGAUGAGCCAAUUCCAUCGGAUGAAAUUAAAAACUGCGGGCCGGUAGUUAUGUGCAUCGAUGAGGUCCCUUUAAGCAAUUCCAGUCCAGCAUUUGAGAUCGAACACUCUGAAAAAGUCGCGAUGACUUCUUUAGACUUAGAUACUUCCGAUAUAAGUAAAGAAAAGGGAAAUAUGGAAGCUUUGCCGAAUGACGUCGCUUGUGUUAAGCAGUCUUCUAUAGCGAGCGAUCUUGCUAAUGUAAGCUCAUUAGAAGUAUCAACGAACUUAUCUCCCAAUACUCGUCUAUGUGGGACAUCAAUGUCACAGGAUGAAAGCGCUCAAAUUGAUGAACAGAAUGAAAACGAUUACGUCGAAGAACACGUCGCAAUGGAGACAUCAUCAAUUGAAAUUAUCGCUGCUCAUAAAGAGAGUGAUGAGAAAUUUGAAGACAAUAUACCUGACGAUGCCUUGAGCGUUGUUGAACAAAGUUUACCAGAUGAAAAUGCACUAAUUGAUCAAUCUCUAACGGACCAGAAUAAAGAGGUUUCUAUUCUAGAGGAAUCCGAAGCUGUUCUUUCAGAGGAACCUAAGGAAAGCCAACCAAAUCAGGAUUUCAAAACAGAGGUGAUUCAGUUAGAUGCCUCCAUAAUUGUUGAGCAAGAUACACUAGAUGAAGGUACAUCAGUUGGAGAGGAUAAAGAUCAAUCCACAGAAAUGUCUAUGCUUAAAGAACAAACUAAUGCCGACCAAAUAAUAGAUGUUAACUCGAUGGACAAAAAAGAAUCCACAGAUUGUAACCCCAAAAAGGAUUCUGACGAAAAGGACAAUGACGAUGAAGUUAUUCAAUUAGAUGCCUCGAGCUUAGACGAAAGUUACACAGAACCAUCCGUCUUAGUCGAAAAACAUUCAGAUAUGGAGUUGAACGCUAAGGAAACGGAGAAAUGCAAUCAAAAUCAAUCUGACGAUGAGGUGAUUUCGUUAGAUUCCUCAGGCAUUGCUGAGCAAUGUCCUUUAAAAGAAGAUUCAAUAAUUGAAGAUCCAAACGAUGAUUCCAUUAUAGAGGGUAUCGUAAUAGAAGACAAUGAUGUAAAAGAAGGUGUGUCUGAAGAGUCAUCUAACCAAAAUGAAGUCACUGAACCAGCAAAUCAUAUUUCAAUUAUAACUGAAGAGCCAUCCGAAAAAGAAAUCUGCCCUAAGAUAUCAACUGUAAACGCUGCAAUCUCUUCACCACACCAAGUGGAAUCACAAAAAAUGUACGAACAAAUAAAUCAGGUAGAAACUCUCAUAGGGUGUAACACAUCUGUACCCGCAGUAAUAAUAAAUUCAUCAAGUCCCAAUGGGGAACUUCUUAAUGCUUCUUCGGAACGUGACAUUGAGCUUCUUAUUCCAAAAGUGGAAGACGUAUCUGAUGCAAUGCCAGAUUUUCAAUGUGCUCAAGAUGGCGGUGAAGUAGAAAAGGUUGAUAUUAUGUCAGAAGACAUUGCCAAAGACCAGCAACCUCAGCCAGGAGACCCAGCUAAUUCUAGCUCUACAGGCCACGGACCUGAAUCGACAGUACCUCACGAUGAUGCCGUUGAUAAAAUAGAACCUGACCCAUUCAAUUCUACUAAUUCUUCUGUGGUACCUUCAGAAAACGAGCCACAAGAAGUAGUCAGUAUUAAAGAAUCUGCCGACUUCACAAAAUCAAGUGAAGGUGGAGACGCUACGGAUAAUAUACAAGAAAAAUGCAAUUUACCAUCGGAACGAGAUCAAGAGCAAGAAGAUGGAACACAUAUCAAGCCAGUAUCUGAAGAUAAAUCUCUAACAAAAGCAGAGUCCACUUCUGCAGUUGAUUCGGAUCAGGAAAUGUUAACCGUUAAAGAUGAUGCUGGGUGUAGCCAGGAAAAACCAUCUGAGAAGUCUAUUCAUAGUACUUCAACAGAUUCCAAAAAGAAAGAUCGAACCGACAUUAUAGUUUCCAAACAAACAAUAUCCCCCGAGCCCACGGAGAUGUCCGGACUUAUCAGCAAGCCUUCAAAACAAGAAGAAAAGUUGACGCACGAAGAUGCAUCUAAGCCAGUAAAAAGAGUGACCAGAAAGGGAUCUACUUCCGCGGAUAGUGCGACUGAGGUUGAACGUCCAAAAAGAGUGACGAGGAAACCAUCUGCUGAGGUUUUGGAAAUAGAAGACCGUGGAAGCGAUACUAAGCAAGAAGAUGAUCUCAGCAUUAAAUCUAGGGGACGAGGUAGAAAACCAUCAUCAGAUGUAAAUGAGGACAAAAAGGAAGCUAUUACAGAAAAAAGAGGACGAGUACGCACUCCAUCCGUAGAAGUUUCUGAAACCACAGCAAAUGUCGAACAGAAAGAAAUCGCGGAGCAUAAAUCUGAUGAAGCUCUUAAACCCAUCCUAGAAGAAGAACCAGAGCCAGAAGUUGAGAAAAGAAUCGAGUCAAAUGCAGAACAGGCGAUCAUCAUAGACAAACCCAAAAAACAAUUAAGGAAGGCAUCUUCAAAGGAAUCGGAUACUCCAUUGGAUAAUAAAGAAAAAAUUAAUACGAACUUGGAAGUUGCCAACGAACCUGGAAGUACUCAUACGGAUAACAGCGAGCAACGAGAUGUUCCAGAGCCUUUUGUAUCGACAACUAAAUCAGAGGUGGAAGGCGAUUUAGAAGGUAAAAUAGAAGUGCAGGAAACCAACCAGAAACAGACCACUAAAGAACGACCCAAAAGACGCGGAAGAAAGGCAUAUGCUAAUGAAACGGACGACGCAUCCGAGAAAAUUGAAAAAGCUGAAGAUCAUUUGAAGGCCAUUAACAAAGAUGGAAAGUUAGCAGUUGUUUUACCUACUACAAGCAAUGAAAUAGAGAACACAAAUACAGAGAUUGUAGCAGACUUAGAGCUAAAGCCAAAAAGACGAGUGCGGAAAGCAUCUGCAAAGGAAACAAACACGACGUCGGACAAAAAGGAAAAGACUGUAGAUAUUUUAGCACCAGUCAUAGAAGUGGAAACCUCGCUGUCCAGUAAAAAGAAUUCGGGUCACUCGGAAUCAAAGGGGCCUGCACCGGUUGCUACUUUGAAUGUAUCCAAGGAAGAACAAGAUCCCGAUAAUGUGCCAAAUGUCUCAUCGGAAAAUAGGGCGCCUAAGAAGUCAAAGAAGCAGGAAGAUGUGUCCAAAGAGACAGGUAAUACUCGCGCGGAGAGACCAAAGCGAAGACUUCGCAAAGCAUCCGAAGAUAUAGUAGAAGUCAACGCAGCAAAUGACGCACAUAAUCCUGAAACGGAGGAGGCUUUGGCUUCCGUCCAAGAGGAUCACUUAAAUCUAGCUGAUCAAGAAUUGCCGAAAAAACGUGCACGAAAAUCAGCAGAAUUUAUGGUCGCAAAUGUAGAGGAGCAUGCUAAGGAAGAACACGUUGAAAGACCGAAGCGUAGAGGACGCAAGCCUUCUCAAGACAUGGAUCAUGUUUCCCAAGAUGUUCUGGAAAAACCAAUGCGGAGGGGUAAAACACCAGCAGAUCGUGAAACUCACCCUCUGGGCGAUGAAAAGCAGGAGCCAUCUUUGCCAGUUGUAGAGCCUGCGAAGAAGACCAGACGUAAUGCACGCAAAGCUUCUGCGGAAACUGUUGAAGCCGUUUCAACUAGCGGCGAAGAGCAUCUUGCGCAAAUAAGAGAAGAGGCGACCGAGCCAGUCACAGAAUCAGAACCGGCACCAACUGAAUUACUUCCAGAUGAGGGUGAGGUAAACAAGACCCAGCGACGCGGUCGUAAGCCCACUUUGGAUACGGAUGAGGGGAUUAAAAAGACACCACCAGAGGAUCCAGCUCCGCUUCCCUCUCAUUCACGCAGGCGUGGACGCAAAGCCACCGAGGAUGAGGCCUUACCAACUGCAGAUCUGGCUGUGCCGAAAACAAAGCUUCGUGGACGCAGGGCGUCCAUGGAGCCAGAACAUAAGGACGAGCUCCCAGCGGAGUCUAGUUCCGAUGUCAUGGAACUGCCAGCGGCCAAGACAACGCGCCGCGGUAGAAAGCCAAGUGUAGAUAUGGAAGCGACCACAUCGGAGAAGAAACCACCAUCUCGACGUGGGCGCAAGGCAUCAGCGAGUGUCGAUGAGGAACAGCCAGUGGCCAAGAAAACGGCAAUACGUCGGGGUCGUAAAAACGAAGCUCAAGACGAGGAAAGAGAACAGAUCGACUUGCAGGACUUGCCUACCGAAAUUGCUUCGGCGCUCGUGGACACAUCGGGAUCCCCUUCGAAGGCUUCCGAUGCCGAAGAACUUACUCCACGCCGCCGAGAGGGACGCAACUUGCCACGUAAAAACUACGAGGAGGCACCGGACGAUGAGAAGCCGCAUUCAGGACUGCGACGGGCACGCAAGCCACCAGCGGCAAGCAAGGCCCUGGCCAACAAGGCGUCAGAGCCAGAUCCAGUUACACCUUUGCCCGUAACCAAUCAACCACCCGUGAAAGCAGACGAUACACCCGACAACGCAGCUUCUCUUCCGGAACCCACAACAUCACAGCGACGCGAAGGACGAAACCUACCGCGCAAGAACUACACGGAAGAUCUGGACGACGAAAAGCCUACACCGGCUCGUAGUCGCCGCGUACGCAACCUGACUGCAAAGGCGCUGGAAUUAAUUGUGGACUCUUCACCGCGGCCAGCGACUCCGAAAAGGCCGAAGGGCAAGGCAGCCAACUCUGAGGAGCCACCGGCAAAGAAGGCCACCCCGGAAAUUCCAUCAACAACAGAAGCGUCUGGGCCAGAGCAUGAGCCGAUCCCAGCAACCAAGGGGCGUGGAACUCGUCGAAAGGCUGACGAAAGCGAUUUGGAGAAGCCGGAUGUCAAAACAGCCAAAAAGACCGUACGCGGCGCGGGAGGCAAAACCAAAGUCGAGACUGAAACGGAGAAGCAACCACCCAUCAAAAAGCCGCGAGGCGGAGCUCGUGCCAAAACACCAUCGGAGGAGGCUCCUCAGGAGGAGGAACAGGCAAAGAAGCCUGCCCCUCGCAGUCGAGCAAAAGGCGCCAAGGCAGUAGAACCGGAGCAGCCCGCCGAGGAUCCCCAAGUCGAAGCCGGCUCCUCCACAUCGACGGCGGCAGUUCGAGGUGGCCGAGGCCGGAAGGUACACUUUGAGACCGCGCCGGAGACCUCUGCUGUUGAGGGUGCGCCACAGCGCGCAACUCGGUCACGACGAAAGUAAUAUCACAUCUAUUUCAUUCAUAAGCUUUGUACUAAUCUGUAUAAUUUUUUGAUUGUUUUUAAUCUAAAAUUUAAAUGAAGUAAUUUUACGUUAACUUGUGUAAAAAAAAAUUCAUUUAUAUAUUAAUUAAUGAAGGCGUGUUAUUUUUUAAUUUCUCUUGUUAAUCAACCCAUUUCGGUGGGAUAUCGUUGGAAUGGCUCCCCUCGCUCAGAACAAAAACUAACCUUAAUAGAUUUAAGGCAUUUAAAAAUAUUAAUACAUAUAAAUACAUAGUUUAUCACUUAAGGCAUUAUCAGAACUCCCCAAAAAUAAUAAAGUUUCGUAAACCAA